AUGACACUCUCGCCGGACCCCAAUAUCCUCUUUCUAGACUCCAUCAAGCUCGCAAAAUCGCAGCUGGCCGCUUUGAGUAAGAUAGCCACAAUAAUCCCAAACACGAGCAAGAACAGGGACAAUUUCAUUCAAGACCUCGGCACAAAGUACAAGGAUGUCACCGGUAUCUACCGUCAUUUCAAAGCAUCCGAAUCGAUCAAGAUAACAGCGCACAACGGAGCUGGAUAUGAUCAAAUCGACAUCCCAUCCUGCACAUCCCGCAAGAUUCAAGUCUCCAACGUCCCCACCGCCGUCGACGGCGCCACUGCCGAUACCGCUAUCUUCCUCAUCCUCUCUGUCCUUCGCCAAUUCCCACUUGCCCUUGCCCACGCCCAAGCUGGCACCUUCAAUUCCGCGCUCCCCUUGUCAAACGAUCCCAAAGGCAAGGUGCUCGGUAUCGUCGGGAUGGGCGGUAUAGGCAGUGCGUUGGCGGUGCGAGCGAAGGCGCUGGGGAUGCAGGUGGUCUACCACAACAGGAAGAGGGUGGAUGCUGGAAAGGAGAAGGAGCUAGAUGUGCGGUAUGUGGGCUCUCUGGAGGAGCUUCUCAAGACGUCCGACGUCAUCUCCCUCAACCUCCCCCUCACGCCUUCCACCCACCACCUCAUCUCCACCCCCCAAUUCGACCUCCUGAAACCCACCGCCGUCUUGAUCAACACCGCCCGAGGCCCCAUCAUCGACGAAACCGCCCUGAUCCAGGCUUUGAAAGACAACAAGCUGGCAGGCGUGGGGUUGGAUGUGUAUGAAAAUGAGCCCAAGAUACCGAAGGAGCUUUUGGAUGAUCCGAGGGCGGUGUGUUUACCGCAUGUAGGGACGGUGACGGUGGAGACGCAGGAGGAGAUGGAGGCGGUUUGUUUGAGGAAUUUGGAGACGGGGGUGAGGACGGGCAAGAUGGGGUUUGUGGUGGCGGAACAGAAGCAUAUGUUGGAAGAGUAA